GAGCCAGGUGCCCGCAGGGUGGCCACACCCUGGGGGGCCCUGCUCAGCCGGGGCAGCGGGUCUGGGUGGUGGAGGAAAGCCGCAGAACCCGCCCGAGGCCCCUGGGGGCCUAAACCCCGGCGGUUAGCCCACCCAAGAACGGUCGGUUGCUAAGUGACGCCAGCGCGCAGAGGCGCGUGCGCGGCCACGGCGGUGUGCGUGAAAUCGGACGCGCGCCGCGGCGGCGGCGGCGGCAGCGAGGACGGCACCGAGGACGGCAGCGACGGCAGCGACUUAGGGGGCGGUGGCUGCGAGGCGGGCGCGCAGCUAGCGGAAGAGGCGUCUGUGGGGGCGACUAGGUCGCAGAGGAACAUCGUUGGGGUGUGAAAAUAGUCUCAUAGAAGUUAAAUGUUUGUCAAAGGUCACAUGUAUAAGUAAUGGCAGAAUAACUUAUAAAACUGAAGAAAUCAGUGACUACCGUCUGUUCUACAAGAUGAGUAAUAGCCACCCUCUUCGCCCCUUUACUGCAGUGGGGGAAAUUGAUCACGUGCACAUUUUGUCUGAGCACAUCGGUGCCUUGUUGAUUGGGGAAGAAUAUGGUGAUGUCACAUUUGUCGUGGAAAAGAAACGUUUUCCUGCCCACAGGGUAAUUUUAGCAGCCAGAUGCCAAUAUUUUCGAGCGUUGCUGUAUGGUGGAAUGCGGGAGUCUCAGCCUGAAGCAGAAAUCCCUCUUGAAGACACCACUGCAGAAGCAUUCACAAUGCUACUCAAAUAUAUCUACACUGGGCGGGCGACACUGACAGAUGAGAAGGAGGAGGUGCUGCUGGACUUUUUGAGCCUGGCUCAUAAAUAUGGAUUUCCAGAGCUGGAGGAUUCUACUUCUGAGUAUCUCUGCACCAUACUUAACAUUCAGAAUGUCUGUAUGACUUUUGAUGUCGCCAGUCUCUACUCACUUCCCAAGUUAACUUGUAUGUGCUGCAUGUUCAUGGACAGAAAUGCUCAGGAGGUGCUCUCAAGUGAAGGUUUCCUCUCCCUUUCCAAGACAGCACUUUUAAACAUUGUGUUAAGAGAUUCAUUUGCGGCUCCUGAAAAAGAUAUUUUCUUAGCCUUGUUAAACUGGUGUAAGCACAACUCAAAGGAGAAUCAUGUGGAAAUCAUGCAGGCUGUGCGAUUACCUUUGAUGAGCCUCACUGAACUUCUCAAUGUUGUGAGGCCCUCGGGACUGUUGUCUCCGGACGCCAUUCUGGAUGCUAUUAAAGUACGGUCGGAGAGCCGGGAUAUGGACCUCAAUUAUAGAGGCAUGCUCAUUCCAGAAGAAAACAUCGCAACUAUGAAGUAUGGAGCCCAAGUUGUAAAAGGGGAGCUGAAGUCUGCCUUAUUAGAUGGUGAUACUCAAAAUUAUGAUUUGGAUCACGGAUUUUCUAGGCACCCAAUUGAUGAUGACUGCCGUUCAGGCAUUGAGAUUAAGCUAGGCCAGCCGUCCAUUAUCAAUCACAUACGGAUACUCCUGUGGGACCGGGACAGCCGGUCUUAUUCCUACUUUAUUGAAGUGUCAAUGGAUGAACUUGAUUGGAUCAGAGUGAUAGAUCAUUCGCAAUAUCUAUGUCGGUCUUGGCAAAAGUUGUAUUUUCCAGCUCGUGUCUGCAGAUAUAUUCGAAUAGUUGGGACUCACAAUACAGUAAACAAGAUCUUUCACAUUGUGGCUUUUGAAUGUAUGUUUACAAACAAAAUCUUCACUCUGGAGAAGGGUCUGAUCGUUCCCAUGGAGAAUGUUGCAACAAUUGCUGAUUGUGCCAGUGUAAUCGAAGGAGUCAGUCGGAGCCGAAAUGCCUUGCUGAAUGGGGACACUAAAAAUUAUGAUUGGGAUUCUGGCUACACGUGUCACCAGCUAGGAAGUGGUGCAAUUGUGGUUCAACUGGCACAACCAUACAUGAUUGGAUCAAUACGAUUGUUACUUUGGGACUGUGAUGACCGCAGCUACAGUUACUACGUUGAGGUUUCUACCAACCAGCAACAGUGGACCAUGGUGGCUGAUAGAACAAAAGUCUCCUGCAAGUCCUGGCAGUCGGUGACUUUUGAAAGGCAGCCUGCCUCCUUCAUCCGAAUCGUUGGAACACACAACACAGCAAAUGAGGUGUUCCACUGUGUCCACUUUGAGUGUCCGGAGCAGCAGAGCAUCCAGAAGGAGGAAGGCAGCGAAGAAUCAGGGACAACGGACGACAGCCUGCCCAGUCAACAGCUUGACCCUCACGCCCUGCGAGCCCCCAGUGGCGGCUCUCUGCCCCCCAGCCCAGGCUCCAGCUCGCGCUCACCCAACCGGCAGCACCAAUAAAGGAGGCGGCAGACAUGGUGUGACUGGGUGGGCCUGGGUGGCAGAGGAGGUGUCCCCCGGGCACGGUGUUUGUGGACUGCCCUCCCCACGUCCAGGGAGGAGCAGGCUCGGCUGCAAACUCGGACACAGGUUUCCUCCCAAGGACAGCAGGGCCCGCUUUGUUCUCCUCCAUUUGUCCAAAUCAGGCUAGUCUCCAGGGGGAGAAACGGGUCUUCAAUCUUCAUCAAGUCCACCAUUAAAACCCUACCUCUCUAAUCUGACCCAGGCAGAGGGACAGAAGGAAGUGACACUCAGGCCCCAGCCCACUGCAGAAACAGCAGCAGACCCGGAACAGAAGAGAAGGCACUAGGCCCUGCUGGCCCAGAGCGCCUGUAGGAUUGGGUCCCCUGGAGGGUUUUCUUACCCACACCGGCCCUGGCGGCUGGUGUGCCCUCUAGCUCCUCUCCUCCGCUGACCCCUAGCUUUCCUCAUCUCUGAGACGCGCUCCAGAUGGCUUGUUCUGAUCCCUCUACACUCAUUUCCCUCCCUUGUUUUUGAACGGUUUUGGGGCAGGGUAGAGACUCUUGUCCGUCGACUCCUGAGUGAGAUGCAGAGGCAUCUCGUGGUGACACCUGGUCUCACAAGGUAAAGCCUCUGAAGACGUUCAACAAAAUACACAGUGAGCACAUCAGUCUGUGGACAUUUGAGUCAAUAAUCGUUCAGGUUGCUCAGUUAUUAACCUGUCAUUCCUGAAAUGUAUCCUGCCUUUAAGCUUCCGCGGCUGACGAGGAAACAGUUACCAUGCCAGCUGCUAAUUUAACACUCAGAAGUCUGUGGACAGACAUGCCAGUUUCUGGCGAGCUUGGCUCUUGUGGCCUAGCAUCGGGAGCACAGACCUGCGCCUCUGCAGCCUUGUUGUGCUGCUGUGUUUUCCCCAUACUACGGCACCCCCUGGGCAUUGGGAAAGGCAUUUCUCAGAAACUUCUAAUCGUCCCCGGGAGGAUCUCAUGCGACUACGACAGCUCCAUCUGGCUUUCUGUCACUUACCAGUGGUUUCCUUUCCAGUGCUGGUGACCCCUGGUGAUGUACACCUGUGAUCAUCUGCAGUUCUGCUUCUCUCCAGAUGCUCUGCGUCGGGGCCGUCAGCUCUGGCCUGAGAGCCUCCCUGGCAGUGUGGCGAGCCACUGAGCUGCCCGGUGGUCCCCAGGUGCCCAGCACACUCCGGGAGCCUGCUUAGAGGAGUGGGGCAGGCCUGAGGGCUUCCUUUCCAGUGUCUGAAAGACAUUUGGGGUGUAGAAAGGCUGAAAGGGUCAGCGCCUGUUCCUCCCGUUCAGCUUGGUUCUGAGUCCACACUGAAUGGUGAGGUGGUGUCCAAGUGCAGGGCUGGGGUGAGGUCAUCUUUCUGUGGGAACACAGGCCAGCAGGAAACAGGGUCAUCUAGGUGGGAGAGGUGGUCCUGGGGGAGAGGCGCCUGUCAGCAGAACUCUGCCUGCUUCUCCGCUGUGGGCCGAGUGGGACCCCCUCUGGGUGCCCAGCAUGUCCGCGUGACAGGCUCCUUGGCGGGGUGCCCGCCAUGGUGGGGCGCUGCCGCCUCUGUCAGCAUCCAGCCUGCAGCCGCCAGUUGGCACUCGAGCCCCCGCCCGCCCAGCAGUACUUCCACGCUGUUUGUCCCCUGUCCCCUGGGACAGAGGGGCCAGGUCAGUCCCAGGGGCACAGAGACACGUCCCAGGUAGAGGGGGCCCCAGGUGACUGGGCUAGUGACAGCUGAGAACCCACCACUGCCAAGUGUCUCCCCUGCAGGUGCCAGCAGCUCUGCCACAUCCUAGAGGCCACACCUGUGGCUUCCCGGGCCAUGGCUGGCCUCUGUCCUCUCUGCUGGGACUUCCUCACCUGCUAGAGCUCUUCCCGCCUCCCCCAGCACCUUAGGUGCCUCCUUUACCAGGGCUGAGGGGAGGACGGGGUGGCACUGGCAGCAGGUGGCCACAGAGUGUUCUGCGGGUGACUCUCUCCUACCCUGGCCCCAUCUGUGGCCCUGGAAAGCCUCCUCGGGGUGCCAGGAGGACACUGGCCUCAGCAGGCUGGAGGAGCCCUCCGUCCCUCGAGGUCUUCUGAUUGGGGCAGGAGGUUCUUUCCUCAUGUCCAACUGGUCCAGGGGCCACAGUCGAGGUGUGUCACACCACACAGGCCUGCGGGGUCUCCGGGCCAGGGACGAGCGAGCAGCCAGGAAGGAGUCUGGCCUGGACAUCUCCAGGGCUUGGCGGGCCCCAGGGAGAGCUUCUCUCUGCUGCCACCUGGGUCAAAACGGCCGAAACCUUGGAGCCAAGUGUGCUGCUGGGCUGAGGCAGGGACGUCUGCCCAGCAGGGCCCUGGGCCGCCUCCAGGAGCCCAUGCCAGCGGGGAUCUCAGCCAAGCGCCGGGGGCAGCGCAGCAGACGAGGUUCCGAGGCCCAAGGCCCCUCACCCCUGGGAGCCUCAAUGGACUGAGCAGCGUUAGUGCAGCCAGGUGGGAUCUGGUUAGGGGAGUGGCCAGGGAGACAGACACUUGGUGGCCACGACCUCUGCCCUGUACCAUGAUGCUUCUCGGGAUCAUGCAAGGACACCUCUGCCCCACUCGAGAUGAGUCACUGCCAAAACCCCCUGCCCUCCGAAGCCUGUUUUUUUUUUUUUUUUUUUUUUUUUAAUGUUUUGGGGAAAAGUAGAAAGAAACCUUCAUCGGAGCUUUGGGAAGAAGCCUUCAGGUCACCUCCCGGCAGCUCCUAGGGGGUCGGCUGGGCAGGCAGAGCCCCCCAGGAGGAUUGCGCAGCUCAAACCCCUCACACGCCCGCGAUUCCCUGUGCCCUGGGUCCUGUUUCUCUCCUGAUUCUAGUUAGAACCCUGAGCCCGUGACGGGUGUGGGGCGCUUCUCAAUGCUCUUUAAAUUGUCGCUUUUUAAAUCUUAUUAAAUGAAGUGUCGAUUCCUGACAAAUACAUUAAAAGUGUCUCAUUCCUAGAAGAGUUGGGAAGAGAGAUUUUCAGCAAGAGUGGGAUGUGUUUGUUAGACUGAUUCCUUGGCCAAAAAACAAAAUGAGUUUUGAAUUGUGCGAAAAUUGCUCAGUAGUUAGCCAUCGCCCCAGAUGCCCGCUGCUGUGCCCGCCAGCCUCACCUUCUUUCUAAUUUAGAAGAUAACAAAAUUGUGGCCACUGAGCUUUUCUGGAGUCAGCGGGAAUAAAGGAGAGUGUGAUCCACAGGAAGCAGCAGAGGCCACUUGGUGAUAGAGAUGGAGGGUCCCGUCACAGACCGCCCUUGAGCGCCCCCCUGGGACAGGGAGGAGGGUGUUAGAGGGAAAGAGCGUCCAGGGCAGCUCUUGGGGCCUCUCCUUGCUGGCUGCACUCUCGCCUUUGGUGUCACCAGUGCUCCUGGCGCUUGAGGUCCUGGGCACAACAGCUUCAGGGUGGACCUGCCCUCCACCGGGCGGAGUGGCAGGCACAGGCCGGGCUCAGGCUCCAUUUGUUUGGCAGCUACGGCCAUCAACUCUGGUGUCCAUCCUGACGACAGCUCCAGCAGGACUCGGCGCUCAUUAGUGGCCCUGGGACUUUAAGCUGCCGUCCGAGGCUCUGCGCCACCACGCGUGUCGUCAUUAUGAUAUUAAAUUACAAGUCUUCCUGGUGCCCGCUGUGGCUCAGGAGUCGCUGAGGGGGGUCUCGACGGCCUGCAGGGCCACUGGUCAUCCCACCUCCCUGGAGUGGGCCCCGUCAUGCCCAGCGCUGGGUGGAUUCAGAGGCCCCCGUUGUGUGAGAGCGUGGGAAGUUUUGGGGGGCCACAGUGUUCCCCAGGAAGUGAGGCUGAGGGGGGAGGGGAGGGAGUGUGGGUCUUCGUGGUGGGUCCCUGGUGUCCCUUGGAUUCCUCCUCCGUGGCUCCGGCUGCCCAUCCACCCCCACGCUGAGGCCCAUAUACCCGCUUCCUGGGCUCAGGGCAGCUGGACCCCGCAUGCCCGCGUCUCCCUGGCCAGGCUCUCUCCAGGGCUAAAGCAGGGGCCGGGGCAGGCGCACAGAAAGCCCGAGGAGGGCCCUCCCCGUCUUCACCACUCAAGUCCUAAAAUUAUACACCCUGCCCCGGAAUAGGGUCAUCCUGGGAAGGGGCGAGGGCACCCAUCCUCCAGCUGUCCCUCCUGCCCUGGGCCUGGGUCGUCUGCUCCUCCACUACCAGGCCCCACCCGCUCAGCGCAGUCACUUCAGGCCAGCCGCUAUUCCGCCAGCAGCAGCCCGGGCGGCCAUUGCCAGAUCUGGUUAGUUUGUCCCCCCCCUUUUUUUUUUUUUUUUAUAAGACCUAAAAUAUUCCCCGAGGCCUGAAGACUCACAAUCAUCCACCUGUAAUUUAUGAUAAAUGUCGCAGAGCACUUACUAUUUGCAUGCGUAUUUAUAGCCCUGAGCAGAGAAGGUGGCUGAGAGCCCCACACCUGUCUCCACUGUUGUCCCUCAGCCUUCUCCCCAGGGCCGCUGCUUGGCAUCCCUGUCCCACCAGGAGGUGCCAAGGGAGGGUCCUGCACUCGCUGCAGGCAGCAUGGUGAGAGGCAGAGGGACUGAGAGGCCCUCAGGUAGGGGUCUGUGCCCUGGGACACUGGGGACAUUGUCCAUCCGUGAGUUCCAGAGGUCUACGGCCUUGCUCCCUGAGAGCACCCUACAGAUCAGCUGCACCAGCUGGUCCUCCUGGGCUGGGCUCUGCUGCUGCCCUGCGCUGCCCCUGGCCCCACAUGCCCGGUGUGCGCCAGGCCCCUCUCCUUCCACCGCAGUUCUACAUGGGCAGCACAUGACAUGGGGCUCCAAGACCUCGCCACAGGGUCUGCCUAGGCCCCACCAUCUGCUGCCCCACGAGAUCAGGCGCUUCAGGUGAGGACCACAGGGGCCGCAGGGCCAGGCUGGCCAGAGCUAGGACUGCUCGGGACUUGGGGCUGGACAGCUUGCUAAUGCCCUGCGGCCUGGCCUCUUUCCAGAGUGGCUCUUCCCACCCUGACAGAUGGCCAGGGAUCUCCCCAUCAGACUCUCCCAGUCCUGAGGCCACCCACUCCCACCCCCAGAGCCUGGAAAAGCAAGAGGAAAGUGACUGUGGCUGUGCCUUGGAGCAAAUGACAGGAGAGGUGACGAUCCUCCGGGUGACCAUGGACUGGGCCCUUGUGCUGUUUUUGCCAAACCUGUUACAACCCGAAUGCACCAGAGACCGCCAGCCACCUCUCCCCAGGGCUGCCGGGCCUGGAAGGUUGUGGGUGCCAGCCUCAUGCCGCUCCCAGGCCUCUUGGAGGCGGGACAGGGACCUUGCUAGGCCUGUGUCUUCUCUACUUGGUUCAGAAGUCUGAAGCAGCCCAAAGGGCACUGUCCCCAUUCACAGCGUGUCCUGUUGUGAGCACGAAGCGGCUUCCUCCCUCUGCAGACCCUCUGAAGUGGGCACGCGCACAAACCGUAUGUGUACGUUGACUCCAAUCCCCCAAAUCCCUGCUUGUGAAAUGCUGCCGUGGGUUUUGCUGUAGAAAUAAAGUGUGACUUCUUGUGCA